AUGACCGUGUGGAAGAUAAUGGUGACGUCACGCGGCCGCACCGGCCGCCGUCAGGUAUAUGAUAGGUACGACAGGCCGCGCGUCUUCCUAUACUGCCAUCCAGUGGCUGCCGGGGCGUGUACUGUGCUGCGUGUGGCCAAACAGAUCACUUCCCGACGUCUCUCCUUCCUGGCUCCAAGACCUGCCACACCUACACCGACCACGGCUGCCUGCCACACUCCUCCACCAGAAGCCGACGCAGUCUCUUCCAUGGGGAAUCUUUCUGCAGAGGAGAAGAGCAGGAGGCUGAUCCAGGUGGCUGAGGAAGGAGCAGUGGAGGAGUUGAUGGCGCUACUCGCGGUGGGAGCGGAUGUGUUGGCGAGGGGUGGAGAGGGGGAGACGUGCCUGCACCGGGCAGCGCGGAGGGGACAGGUGGAGGCGGCGAGGCGUCUCCUCGAGAAUGGGGCAGAGGUGGACAGCAGGAACUCCAGGCAGAGCACGCCACUGCACUUGGCUGCAGAGAGCGGCCACGCGGCUGUCGUGCGGCUGCUGUUGUCUUCUGCUGCCGACCCUAACGCCAGGAACCAGUAUGAGAAGACGCCGCUGCACUAUGCGGCACAGUACGGUCACACAGACGUGGUGCGGCUGCUGCUGACCUCCUCACCCUACCACAAUGCCAGGAAUCAAAAUGGGUGGACACCGCUGCACCUCGCAGCUUACAGUGGCCACACUGCGGCGGCGAUUGUGUUGCUGGAGGCUGGGGCUGACAGGGGCGCUAGAAAUAACAGUGGGAACACACCGCUGGACAUCGCCAGGCAGAACGACCGCCAGCAGCUGUUAGACUUGCUAAGAUGA